CGGAGGAAAUGUGCAGUGUAUACAAGUAGACGAUAAACAUGAGAGACAUGCAAGGAGUAGAGACUUAACGCUACCUCGAGUUUUAUAGAUUUAUAUGAUUUCAAAACUGUCGAAUUCAUCACUGUAAACGAGUUUUGAGGAGUGACAACUAGUUCCCGAAUAUCUGUUUCUCCAAAAAGCGGUUCUGUCAACCUAGUCACAGAAGUUUCAAGAGGUUCCAAGAUUUUAUUUCUCCCAACUUUUCUUUUUUUCAUCAGCUUUGUUAGAUACUGAUGGGAUGAAAACACUAUCAAGAUUGUCAGACGAAAAAUCCAAAGUGGAAAUCCAAUUUUAUAUCCAUAUCCUUUUCUUCGUUUUUGCGAGUAAACACUCUGAUCUAAUGAUAGCACUAUCCAAACCUAUCAAAAGAUAAUCAUUGUCAAAGAUCAAUUGUAUAUCACUCAUUAAUUAUUAUGAGUGAUGAUGCAGCAUACGCCACUCCUAGAGAAGACGCUAGUGGUAUAUGCGGUGAAGAGGGUGCACUGGGCAGACAGGAAGGGGCGGGCUCCCUUGGACUGAUUGGCAGCUCCUCUGCCAAUGGGAAGCGAGUGCGACCACCUGGGGUUACCUCCCCCAGGGGUCCUGCGCCGUCUACCUGUGACGACACCGAUGCCAACUCCAGCGGAAACGACUCGGCGGAGAGGGAGGUCGAAGGUCACAUGGGGCGUGAGGCGUCCACCUGCAGCUCUAACAAUGGCAAAGACUCGGCCAUGGAGACCACAGAGAGCAAGAGUUCCAACUCGCACAGCCCGUCCCCCCCCAACAGCUCCAAGGCCUACAGCCUCCUGAGCUGCAGCUCGGAGCAGGACAACCCCUCCACCUCGGGCUGCAGCAGCGACCAGCCGGCCCGCCUGCAGACCCAGAGGGAGCUGCUCAAGGCCCUGAAGGAGCUGAAGAUUCGGGUCCCAGCCGACCACAGGGGCAAGGGUCGCUCCAGCACCCUGGCCUCCCUGCAGUACGCCCUCAACUGUGUCAAACAAGUCAGAGCCAACCAAGAGUAUUAUCACCAGUGGAGUGUUGAGGAGACGCACGGCUGCAGUCUGGACCUCUCAGCCUUCACCACUGACGAACUGGACAACAUCACCUCAGAAUACACGCUGCAGAACACCGACACGUUCUCCAUUGGGGUGUCCUUCCUGUCGGGCAAGGUGGUGUACAUCUCUCCCCAAGCCUCCUCCAUGCUGCGCUGUAAACCCGAGAGGCUCCAGGGGGCGCUGUUCUCCGAGCUCCUGGCCCCCCAGGAUGUGAGCACCUUCUACAGCAGCACGGCGCCCUGCCGCCUGCCCGCCUGGGCCUCCUGCACCGGCUCAGUGACGUCCCCCGUGGACUGCACCCAGGAGAAGUCCAUGUUCUGCCGCAUCCGUCGGGGGCGGGACAGCGAGGGGGAGGUGCGCAUGUACCCCUUCCGCCUCACGCCCUACCAGCUGACCCUCAGAGACUCGGACAUGUCUCAGCCUCAGCCCUGCUGCCUGCUCAUCGCAGAGAGGGUCCACUCAGGAUACGAAGCACCCCGUAUCCCUGCAGACAAGAGAAUCUUCACCACCAGCCACACCCCAAGCUGCCUCUUCCAAGAGGUGGACGAGAGGGCUGUACCGUUGCUUGGUUACCUGCCCCAGGAUCUGGUUGGGACCCCUGUUCUCAUGUACCUACACCCCGACGACAGGCCUGUCAUGGUGGCCAUCCACAAGAAGAUUCUGCAGUCGGCCGGCCAGCCGUUUGAACAUUCUCCCCUGCGCAUCUGUGCGCGUAACGGGGAGUACCUGACCAUCGACACCUCCUGGUCGUCCUUCGUCAACCCCUGGAGCAGGAAGGUGGCCUUCAUCGUGGGGCGACACAAAGUGCGAACGAGCCCCCUGAACGAGGACGUGUUCACCCCCAAGGAGGCGGAGACACGCCCCAUGUCCCCGGAGAUCCCCCGGCUGAGUGAACAGAUCCACCGGGUACUGGUGCAGCCGGUGCACAGCGCGGGCUCCCAGGGGGGCCACGGCUCCCAGGGGGGCCCCGCCUGCAGCAGUCAUGGCUCCCAGAAGCCCCGCCGCCGGCACGGCUCCGACCACGACAGCAACAGCCACUCCAAGCACGACGCGCUCACACACAGACCGCAGCAGAUGACCUUCCAGCAGAUGUGUAAGGACGUGCACAUGGUGAAGAGCAGCGGUCAGCAGGUGUUCAUGGAGUCCAGGACCAGGAAGCCCCUCCGCAAGCACGCCAGCACCGGAGUCCGGGUGGAGACAGACAAGAUCAGCAGGGGGCCUUCAGCUGGGGGCCCAGCGGGGCCCUCCAAGCCCCUGGCGACCGUCCAGCCACUGAGGAGGGACCCUGCGUCCAGCUACUCCUACCAGCAGGUCAACUGCCUGGACAGCAUCAUACGGUACCUGGAUAGCUGUAACAUACCCAACACGGUCAAGAGGAAGUGUGGCUCGUCCUCCUGCACCACUUCCUCCACGUCGGACGACGACAAGCAGAGGGAGCUGUCAGGGGGGGCCAAAGACCUGGAAGCGGCCGUGGGCGUUCCGGAGGGUUCUAAAGUGGGUCAGCCCGGCCCGGGCCACCCCCUCAGCCCCCUGGCUUUGCACUGCAAAGCCGAGAGCGUAGUGUCUGUCACGUCCCAGUGCAGCUUCAGCAGCACCAUCGUCCACGUGGGCGACAAGAAACCUCUAGAGUCAGACAUCGUGAUGAUGGAGGAGCCACCGGUGACCCCCACCACCACCCCAGCUGCCAACCACAGCUCCGCGACCCCCCAGCCCCCGGCCAGCCUCGCUCCCCCCAUCCCCACCGCCCAGGUGGCCCAGCCGGAGAGGGAGGGCCGGAGGCCGGCUUGUGGCUCGGCCCCCGUGGGGCUGACCAAGGAGGUGCUGUCGGCCCACACCCAGCAAGAGGAGCAGGUGUUCCUCAGCCGCUUCCAAGACCUGAGCCAGCUGACGGCGCUGGAGCCUGAGCCGGGGUCCCUGCGGGGGCACACCGCCACGCCCAAAGGAGUCCACAGUACCCAGGAAUACCCAGCGGGAGGCAGCGGGCGGCGGCGUGGCCGCGGGGGCAAGCGUCUGAAGCACCAGCAGGAAGGCUCCCUGCGUGCCAGCUAUCCAGGCCCGCUGGCCGGCUCUGGGCUGAACAGCGGAUCCAGAAGGCAGGGAGGAGGCCGACACCCUCGCUGCAUGUUCUCUUCCGGCCAGCCCCUCAUGAUGCAGGGGCCCCUGACCUCCUCCUCCUCCUGGCCCACAUCCGUGGCCUCCCAGGCCAGCCUGCCCCCCCCUGGGGCGGCCUACCCUCCAGGAGUCCUCCCCUUCUACCCCCUCUUCCCCUCUGUCUCCCAGCAGCUGCUGGCUCACUCGGGGCUGGACCCCAGCCUGCAGAUGGCCAGCGCCAACCCCCAAGCAGCCUACCAGUUCCCCCUACACGCCACCCAGUUCCCCCUCCCCAUGGCCCCGCCAGUCAUGGUGGUCCUGCCCAACCUCAUGUUCCCUCCCAUCCAGACGGGCCUUCCUGAGUACAGCCCCGCCAUGCCUCACCUGAACCCCGCGCUCUCGCAACUCAACCAGGCCCCUCCGCCCUUCCCCCAGGCCAUACCCGUGGCCCAGCUCAACCCGGCCCUGGCCCAGUUCAACCCCGCCAUGCCUCCCCUGAACCUGGCCAUGCCUCAGCUGAACCCGGGGAUGCCUCAGCUCAACCCUGCGGUGGCCCAGCUCAACCCCUCACCCUCUCUCCUCAACCCUGCCCUGCCUCUUAUGUCCCAACACUUUUGGAAUCCCAACCCUACGUUCCCGUACCCCAGCCCCCUCCUGGGGCCCCAGGCCCCCGCCAUGCCCCUGGUGGACCCUGCCCAAGGGGUCCUCUCUCGCUCCAGCACCCCCCAGUACCUGGCUCAGCCCCCUCUGGAGGGCACAGACUCGCCCCUCUUCCAGUCGCGAUGCUCCUCCCCCCUCAACCUGCUGCAGCUGGAGGAGUUGCCCAGCAACCGCCAGGAAGGCAUGGCGACCGGGGCGAUGCAGACUCCGCCCCCUCCCGGGGUGGCCUCUCAGGAUUGGCCGGGGAAACAGGGCGCCAUGGUGCAGGGCUCCGGCGCUCGCGGCGGCAGCAUGCGGGCGGGCGAGGACAAAGAUAACGACAACGACGCUGACGACCUGGACGCCAUGUCCACCUCCAGCGACCUGCUGGACCUGCUGCUCCAGGAGGAUGCCUGCUCAGGCACCGGAUCAGCCGCCUCGGGCUCCGGGUCCUCAGGCUCUGGGUCCGGUUCCUCCGGUUCCGGUUCUAACGGCUGCAGCACCUCAGGGAGCGGAACCAGAAGCAGCAACACCAGCAAGUACUUUGGCAGCAUCGACUCGUCGGAGAACGAGCACGGGCACAAGGCGACGGGUGAAGAGGCCCAGCUGAUGAAGUACGUCCUGCAGGACCCCAUCUGGCUGCUCAUGGCCAACACGGACGAAAAGGUCAUGAUGACCUACCAGAUGCCCACCCGGGACAGGGAGACAGUCCUAAGAGAGGACCGGCAGGCUCUGAGGGCCAUGCAGAAGAAGCAGCCUCACUUCACAGAGGAGCAGAGGAGGGAGCUGAUGCAGGUGCACCCCUGGAUGGGUACAGGAGAGCUCCCCUCGCCUAUCAACAUCAGCUCUUGUUCAGGCUGUGACCCCUCCUCCUCCUCCCGGUCGCCCCUGGAGGCGGAGCCUCAGGAGAUGGACCUGACGGUGGACCUCCACCUUCCGGAGGACAGGAUUCCAGACACCAAGGACCCCCCUGGCCCCCGGGGCCCCCACACUUCCUCCCCGACCCCCCCGCAGGCACGGGCCGCCCGGCCGGAGGAGACGCUGAAAGUCGUCGCUGGGGAAACAAACCUCGUUGCUAAGAGACUGUUGGCCCGGGGGGAGGAGUCUGAAGUGACCUCGUCCAUCACGGAGACGGCAAGAAAGACGUCUGGGGUUAGAAUAAAAGACUGAGGAGAACUGAACAGCUUAUGGGUUCAUCCCGUUUUUGUACAUAUGUAAGCCCCAUUUAAGCAGGGCCUUUUGGAUAUGUAAAUGUGUACAAAUCUCUGACGAGACACAACGUCCAUGAAGAGAGAUUAUGAGCAAAAUGAACAGUGAAGGUGUAGAAAUGUUACGCUGUAUAUAAAAAUACUGUUUGUAUUGAAUGUUAUGUAUUUUUGGUGUAAUGUUAAAAAAAGAGGAAAAAUAUUGUAAAUUGUAAAUAUAAUUUUUAUUGGCUCAAAGGGUCUGGUCGUUUUGCGACUGUAAACUCUAUGUUUGUAUGUUAUUGGUAUCUCUCUCCUAAAGAAUCUACAAUUUGAUCGUUUAAAAGUUUUUGCGCCGUAUCAACGCAAUAGACUUUAUCCAUCCAAUGUCCAUAUUGGAAAAAGCUGUCAAAUCUAUGAUUGUAUAUGUGAAUUUCUCAAAUUCAUGUUGAAGAAUUUGUUUGGUAGAAUAAUAAUGAUAUUGUAGGGAGUUUUCCACAGUAAUGUCAGAUAUUCUACGAUACUGUAUUUUACAGUACAUAUUCAAGAGAAUAAUAUCACACUGCCAUCAUUUUGUAGUCUUUUUAUUGUCAUGUUUGUGUUUUUCUUUAUUUCCAGUCAAUAGCUAAAGGUACCAGUACAUGAGUCACAUUCCCACCUGUCAUUUCCACGAAACCGUGUUUGAUACCUAACUUUGUUAUUAAUGUUUAUUUGUUAUUUUAUUUUAAAAUGUGAUAUUAUGGGAGCGGGGGGGGUGGAGUGGGUGAAGAGUUAAGGGGGUGGACGGUCGUUCCCAUGGUAACGGAGCAGUUGGAUGUUGUCGCUUGGACAGUGACGUGAGAGAGCCAGAAGAAGGCCCAGGUGUUGUGUGGAUGGAUCGAUGGUUCGAUGGUUGAGCUUGAUGAUGCAUUCCUUGUCAGACAUCACUCACC